CUACAGGUUGGAAACACUGCUGCAGCCAUAUUGGAUAUACAUUUUGUAAAUAAAUAAAAUAACGAUUGCUUUUUAUUUGAUUACCAUAUUCUAAUGACUAUUUAGCCUACUGAGUCUUUUUACAACUAACUUUGAAAUGUAUUUUCGGACAAAUCACUGGAUUAAUCAGUAGGCUAAUACAUUGCAAUGGUCUCAUUUGGUAAACGUUUAAUUAGUGGUUGUAGAUUAGAAUAUCUAUUUUGAUAGUUUAGAGAUUGUGACAGUGGCAACGCAGUUUUGAAGAUGAAGGACCGACUGGAACAGUUGAAGGCGAAAAGUGAUGUGGCUGGGGACGAUGUGGAAGUUCCAGUGGAGAACCAAGCCUUUAUGGAUGACUUCUUCGCCCAGAUUGAGGAGAUUCGCAGCAGCAUCGAUAAAAUAGAUGAGAGUGUGGCACAAGCAAAGAAGCUGUACUCGACCAUCCUCUCCGCCCCUACAUCAGAGCAGAAGACGCAAGAUGAUUUGGAGGCGGUCACCAACGACAUCAAGAAAGCAGCCGGCACCGCUCGCAACAAACUAAAGAGUAUCGAGAAGCAACUCGAGACAAACACAGAGGAACGGUCGUCAGCAGACAUGAGGAUUCGGAAGUCCCAGCAUGCCAUCCUGGCCAAGAAGUUUGUGGAGGUGAUGACCAAGUACAACGAGGCUCAGACGGACUUUAGAGACAAGAGCAAAGGCCGCAUCGCCCGGCAGCUGGAGAUCACGGGAAAAACAACAACCGACGAGGAGCUGGAGGAGAUGUUGGAAGGAGGGAACGCAGCCGUCUUCACCGCAGGGAUCAUGGAGUCGGGUAUAUCGAAGCAGGCGUUGAAUGAGAUUGAGGCGCGGCACAAAGACAUUGUGAGGCUGGAGAGCAGCAUCAAAGAGCUUCAUGACAUGUUCGUGGAUAUUGCUAUGCUGGUGGAGAACCAGGGUGGUAUGAUUGACAAGAUUGAGAGCAACAUGGACCAAUCGGUGGGCUUCGUAGAGCGGGCGGUUGCCGACACCAAGAAAGCAGCCAAAUUUCAGCAGGAGGCCCGUAGGGUGAAGUUGAAGAGGAGUGUCCCAGAUUACCCCCAGUCUAACCUGGGUGGAUGGAUCAACAGUGGACACUGUCUGUCAAGAGAUACAUUCAGCAUUUCUCAGAGGAGAUACACCUCAGUCCGGCUAAAGGCCUUCCACCCUACAUUGUCUUUCGUCUUCUCUCUCUCUCUCUCUCUCUCUCUCUCUCUCUCUCUCUCUCUCUCUCUCUCUCUCUCUCUCUCUCACUCACUCACUCACUCACUCACUCACUCACUCACUCACUCACUCACUCACUCACUCACUCACUCACUCACUCACACACACACACACACACACACACACACACACACACUCUCCCUCCCUCUUUUCCCUCUCUCUCUCGUUCUUCUUUUAAGGCAUGCUUCCCCCCACAGCUCCUUUUCCCACUUCAAGGAUUUGUGUCAAUUAGCUUUGGUAGUGUGCUUCCUUAAUAAUCUAGGCGAAGACAGGUGAAUGUUAACACUGUGUAAUCAUGUCAAGUAACCAAAAGAUAUUGGUAAACAAAAUAAUAUGAAGAUAAAACGAUGAUUAAAAAAACUAUACAUUUUCUCACAGCCCUACUGACAGCUAGUAAUCAAAAGGACCCCAAAAUGGCACACUUUUAUGUUAUUAUUGUGUGUUGAAGUUAUUGCAUAAUAUUUCACCCACACAUUUCAUUUUUAUCCUACAUGUGUAUCGGUGCAUGUACCACCAGGGGGCAUGCCUGUGUCAAACUGUCACAUGCACGCUCUCUAGAAAUUAUGUGUAUAAACCCUGGAUGACUGUCAGGGGGCGCUGUAUUGAAGCCACCGUGCAGCCAUCUUGGUAAUCCUCCUCAAGCGUUAAAAAUAUUUUGGAAGCAAUAGAAAUGGAUUUGUUAAUGUCUACAUUAGUUUUUGACACAUUUAUUUUUUUAUUAAAUACACUUUAAUGCAUACUUUUAAAUUAUAUUAUGUGUGCUAAACAUGUUUUUUGAUAUGGGGAGAGUACUUAUGUUUCUGUCACCACUACAUAAAAACAACAACUUAAAUACAUGUAAUUUUGUCCUUGAAAUACUGUAGAAUUCCAUUCAUUCCUAUGGAGGACUGCGCCUUCAAGGGAAUGCCAAUAUGGCCGACCGGUGGCUUCAAAGCAUUUCAUUGGCCAAUACAUUGCAUCAACAGUCCAGGGUUUAUUUAUGUAAGUCAUUGCUCUAUCCUAUCUAAUAAUAGAUAAGAUAGUAUUUUUGUUGUGAUGUGAGCAAGCAAGCAGUAUCAAGUGAAUAGCCAAUAUAUGUGUUUGUGUCUUCAGUCGCAUACGUUUGUAGUGAUUUUGUAGGCAUUUAUAUGGAAAAUGUUAUCUGAUCAAAAUGUAAGAUCAGAUUUCAGUUUUUGUAGCCUUUCCCGUCUGUUGACAAAGAAUAAAAGAAAAAAAGAUUC